UUUCUUUUAUUUUUAUAUCUUUAGUAUACAUUGUUAUUUGUUUAUUUUAUUAAACGUUUAUUUAUCUAUUGAUAUAGAAGAUACAUAUUUUCUCAUUUGUUUUAAACUAAAGUUUACACGUUUUUUAACUUAAAAAAAAAACAAUUAUCAUGUUCUGUCAUAACUGUGGCUCUAACAAUACUGAAUCUGAUGCCGCUUCUGGUACUAGUUAUUGUAUUGACUGUGGUACUGUCCUUGAAGAAAAUACUAUUGUUUCUGAGGUUACCUUUGGAGAAGCUUCCAAUGGUAAAGCUAUUUUACAGGGCUCUUUUGCUGGUGAAUCAGGUCGUAUUGCUGGUGGAGGUUUAAUGGGUAGAAAAAGAAAGGAAGGCCAAGAACAAGCUAUUGAUAAUGGUCGUAUAAAAAUUGCUAAUAUUGCACAUGCUCUCAAUUUACCUGAACGUUAUAGAGAGUCUGCCCAACGUUAUUAUAAUUUAGCAGUCGUCAACCAAUUUACUCGCGGACGUAAAAGUGAUCACGUGGCUGCAAUUUGCUUGUAUUGUGUUUGCCGAUCUGAAAAAAGCGCACACAUGCUUAUUGAUUUUUCAGACUUAUUACAGAUCAAUGUUUUUACUUUAGGUGCUACAUUUUUAAAACUUUGUCGUGUUUUAAAUUUAUCUUUGCCUCAAAUCGACCCUUCUAUCUAUAUUUCUCGUUUUGCAGUUGCUCUUGACUUUGGAGAUUAUACCCAACGUGUUGCCCAGGAUGCUGUUCGUAUCGUACAGCGUAUGGAUCGUGAUUGGAUUACAAGUGGUCGUCGUCCCGCUGGUAUCUGUGGUGCAUGUCUUCUAAUAGCCGCUCGUAUGAACGGUUUCAGAAGAACAGUAAAAGAAAUGAUUUAUAUUGUUAAGGUGGCUGAAGUGACUAUUCAAAAGAGAUUACAAGAAUUUAACAAUACUGAAUCAUCCAAACUCUCUGUACGUGACUUCAGAACUGUUUGGUUGGACUCUCGUGCUGAUCCUCCUUCCUAUCAAAGAAAUCGCAAGCUUGAAGAAGAGGAGGCGGCAAGUCAAUUGAGUAUAGAUGAAGCUAAUCAAAGAGAUACUGACUUAUGGUCUCCGUUACUUGUUGAAGAGAAUGAAAAUGAAACUUCAGUUACCGAAAAUGGAGAUAAACAAUCUGUUUCUGCUGAAUGUCAUUCUGAUGAAGAAGCUGAAAAAUCAAGAAAACGUAAAGAAACCGAAUCGGUUGAUCAUGAUAGACAAAGUAAGCGUCUUAUGAAAGCCAUUCAUGAUCAUGACAAGGAGAUUGAUAUUACUACUAUAAGCGAUAAAAAGGAAGAUUCUCGAAAGCGAAAACAAAUAGAGAAUAUGAAUGAUAGUCCUCAUAUAAAACGUCGUAAUAUAGGUGAAAGUUCCUCAUUAACAAAUAAUCAAGAAGAGAUAGAAGUAAAUAAUGUAAAUGUUGAUGAAGAACAAAUUAUAAAUCAGCUCGUUCAACAAGAGAUUGAAAAAUCUUUGAAUGAAGAAGUUCAACAAGUGGAGAAUGUAGACAUAAUGUUGACAGCAGAAGCAUCUAUCAUUCGACGACCCUCAUUAAAGGGUAAAGAAAAAGUCACCAGCAGCUUAAAUAUUGAUGAGAAUGCAGCAGCAACUCAAAUAGGUACUCAGGUAUCUUACUUAGAAGAUGACCAUCAUGAAAAUGAUACCCAAGCUACUCUUGUUGACAAAGAAUUUACUCAAGACUAUAUAAGUCUUAAUGACAAAGCCUAUAAUGAAUUGUCAAUUGAAGAUAAGAGAAGACUUACAGCAAUAGCUAAAGAAAAAAUUGCCAGAGAAAGAGACGAAUUACUUGAUCCUGUAGCUCAUGAACAAGACCGACAGAUUGGAGAAGAAAUGGAAAGCUGGCUAGGUGAUGAAUCUAUCCAGCAAGCAGCUGAGUCCCUUAAAAAAGAAAGAAAAGAUAGAAAAAAAGAUGAAGAAGAGGAUGUACAAGAAGAUUCUUUGUCUGAUGUUGAUGAUGAGGAAAUUGAGGCUAUGAUCCUUACAGCAGACGAAGUGAUGUUGAAGACCAAAAUUUGGUAUAAUAAUAAUAAAGAUUAUUUAGAAGAGAUGGCAGUUCGACGUAUGGUUGAAAAAGAAAAAGAUUCGCAACCACAUACAAGGAAAAUUAACAGGUCUAAAAAGAAUAUGCAAAGAGCUAAUACACCAGCGGAAGCAGCAAAGCAACUUAUGGCAACUAAGAAGAUUUCAAAAAAAAUUAAUCAAGCAAUAUUUGAUGAUCUCUUUGAGACUCCUGAAUCAAUUGCAAAGAUUAAAGAAAGAGAUGUUCUUAAUCGUAUAACUAGUGAUAAUAAUAUUUCUGUAUCUGAAUAUACAAAUUAUGAAGUAGUAGAGGAGUCUGGUGAUGUAUCUGUAGCUGCUACAAAGAGUAAAAAUAAAGAUGGUAAACCUGCUUUGGAAGAUAGCAAUUCUAUACAAUCAGGACAAGUUGCAAACGAUGAUGAUGAUGAUGACGAUGACGAUGAAGAUAUGGAUCCUGAUGAUAUGGCAGAUGACGAACGAUUCUUACGUGAAGCAAGAGCUAAUUAUACUUUUGAUGAUACCGAAUAUGGUGAUGAAUACGGAGACGGUUAUGAUGAUGAUGAUUAUUAAAGCAUAUAACAAUUAUGUUUGUCUAAAUUGAUCUUGUAUAUACACAUUUAUAAGAGACUUUUUAUUUUUAUUUUAUUUCAUUU